AUGCCAAUGUUGAAUUAUAGUAGAAGUACUAAUUUAGUUUUACAUAUGAUAGAUACUAUCAUAAAUGCAAAUGGGUUGCUUCCGGAAGCACCAAAUAAUGUAUUUCGUGAUGAUGGUGUCCUUUGUGGUUUAUUACCGGGAUUGACAAGAAAACAAAGUGAUCUAUGUUUACGACAUCGUACAGCGAUACGUUAUGUUGUAAAAGGUUUGAAAGCUGCCAUACAUGAAUGCAGAAAUCAGUUUCAUUAUCAGCGAUGGAAUUGCUCAGCAAGUCAUAAUGGUUUCGCUAUUUCUCAUCUUAAAAUUGGAAGUAAAGAAUCCGCUUAUGUAUUCGCUUUAUCAUCUGCGGCAGUAAGUCGUGCAUUAGCACGAGCAUGUGCGCAAGGAACAAUUGCAAGUUGUAGCUGUGGCUCACAUCCGAAACGUAUCACAAAACAAUUUCGAUGGGCUGGUUGUUCUGAUAAUGUUAAAUUUGCAAAUAAUUUUGGACGUAAAUUUAUGGAUGCAGCUGAUUCACCACAUACUAAUGAUGCACGUUCGAUGAUGAAUUUACACAAUAAUCGUGUUGGACGAAAAGCAAUAUCAAGCAACGUUCAUCGUGAAUGCAAAUGUCAUGGUGUAAGUGGCUCAUGCGUGAUGCAAACAUGCUGGAAAGUUGUACCGAAGCUGGAGGAAAUUGGCUUAUUGCUACGAAAAAAAUAUUCACAUGCUGCUAAGGUUAGUGUAUCAUCUGAAGGUAAAACUUUGGUACCACGAAUGGAAAGAAUAGGAAGUCGUUCUGGAAGAUAUCUUCACAAAUCCGAACAAACAUCGAUCUUAGACAAUGAACUUGUUUAUUUGGAUGAUUCAUUGGAUUAUUGCAAGGAAGAUAAAUUAAACGAUAUUCGAAGUCCACAGGGUCGCGAAUGUUUUGACAAGUGUAAUAUGAUAUGCUGUGGACGUGGUCACAAAACAGUACGUGUGAUAGAGGAGCAGCAAUGUGAUUGUAAAUUCGUAUGGUGUUGUGAAGUAAAAUGCGAAACAUGUCAUCAUAUUGUUAGCCAUAAUUUUUGCAUAUAA